AUGGCCACCAGCACCACGGAGGGCAGUGCUCCAUCCGCGGCCAGGGUAGAGCCACAGGAGCCUGACUCAGAACCUAGCUUAGGACCCGGCUCAGACCCUCAACCUGAGCCCAGCAUCACUCACAGCCCAGACAAGAACCAGGACCAAGACCAGGUCAAAGACCAGGACCAAGACCAGGAGCGGAAACAGGACCAAGAACAGGACCAGAAACAGAACCAAAACCACAACCAGACCUCCACUCUGCCAGAGAGGGAGGAUGAAGAGGAUGAGGAAGAGGAAGAGGAGGACGGAAGGAGGAAGGCAACGGGGCCGACCCCGGAGGACCAGGGCCUUCAGGGGCGGGGUUCAGACCCGGACCAGACGGAGGAGAGGUUUCGGAUCGACCGGAAGAAGCUGGAGUGUAUGUUGUAUGGUCCAAGGCGAGGAGACGGCCUGUCAGGAGAGGAGUUCUUUGAGAGGGUGAUGAGGGAGACAGACACCCAGGUGAAAUGGCCGUCCAAGUUGAAAAUCGGUGCCAAGUCCAAGAAAGACCCCCAUGUGAAGGUGGAGGGAAAGAGAGCUAAUGUUCUGGAAGCCAAAAGGAAAAUCUUGGAAGUUCUGGAGACCAAGGUGAACAAGGUGACCCUGAAGAUGGACGUGGCCCACACUGAGCACUCCCAUGUGAUCGGUAAAGGGGGCGGGAACAUCAAGAACGUCAUGGGGGUCACUUCCUGUCACAUCCACUUCCCGGACUCCAACCGCCACAACGCCACGGGGGAGAAGAGCAACCAGGUGUCCAUCGCCGGGCCUGUUGAGGGGGUGGAGGCCGCGCGGAGAAGCAUCAGAGACCUGCAGCCUCUGGCCCUGACCUUCGACCUCCCGGCCAGCCCGGUACCCCAGCCCCAGCUGGACGCGGGCUCCCCCGUCAUCCAGCAGGUGUCCCAGGCCCUGGGGGUGGGGGUGAGCUUCAGGGCCAUCCCCCCCCAGCCCCCGCCGGCCCACCAGAGCCCCCCGGCCCAGCCGCUGUACGCCAGCCGCUGCUGCGUGCGCGGGCUGCAGGGGAAAGCGGCGGACGUCCAGAAGGCGGUGUGCGUCCUGAUGGAGCUGCUGCUGGGGCCGGAGGUCGGGGGUCAGGGGGCGGGGCUGAUCGUCUCCAGCCAGCUGGACGUCACCUCCCAGCAGCACCUCUUCAUGCUGGGCCAGAACGGAGCGCACUUCCUGGCCGUCAUGCACCAGACCCAGACCCAGAUCAUCCUGCCGGACCCCAGCGCUCCCCAGAGCCCCCCCUCGCUGCUGGUCCAGGGCAGCCCAGAGGGCGUGUGCCUGGCCCGGCAGCAGCUCAUGGACUGCCUCCCUGUGUGUCUGAUGUUUGACAUGCGUGAGGAGGGGGAGACGGACCCCCGGAGACUGAACCAGAUGAUGCAGGACCUUGAGGUCUUCAUCAGCAUCAAACCCAAGGUCAAACAGACCAGCAAGUCGGUGGUGGUGAAGGGUCUGGAGAGGAACAUGUCCAGCCUGUACGAGGCGCGGCGUCUGCUCCUGGGUCUGGACUCCUGUGAGAUCGCCAAGGUUACCCAGCCGACCCCUGACCCCACCAACGGGCUGACUCACUAUUGGCUGAGCAUGUUGCUGCAGCAGCUACGCCUGGCUGAACAAGGUGAGUGUCCUCAGCCUUCCUGCCCUUUGUUCAGCCAGGUGGCGAUGGGUUCUCAGUGUCACAACAACAAGCCCCGCCCAUCAAUGCCCCCAGGCUUGACCACGCCCACCGAGGAAGGCCGGUCGGGUCUGAGCUGGACCGGGUCCGACUGCCGUCCUCUGGAGAAGAUCCUGGAAAACGAGGACCACUCCGGCCAAUCAGAGCAGGAGAGGGGCGGGCCCAUGUUGAUGACCUCAGCGGAGGCGGGGGAGGCGGUGACUAACGGCGGCCACGCCCCUCGGAUGCUGAGCGGACGCAGGGGCAGCCUGCAGGGUCCCGAGCACUGCAGGGUGUUCAGCCUGGGGAGGAGGCACUCCACGGGGCAGGCCGUCACACACAGACGGCCUGCACUCACUGACCUGAGUCCACACGAUUACGACUACGAGCAGAAGAAGCUGCUCGCCUCCCGAGCCAUGCAGAGGAAGCCCAUGGUGACGGAGGUCCAGACCCCCACAGACCACUGGAGCGGCCUGGGCUUCUCCAAGUCCAUGCCGGCCGAGGCUGUGAAGGAGCUCCGCAACGUUAGCCGCCGCAGCUACAAGCCCUACCUGAGUGACGGCAGCGCCAGCCAACAACUGGCUUGGGCCCACCAGGCCCUGAGGGACAGAGCGUGUAACGGCAGUAACUCGGACAACUGGAGGGACAGGCGGGGCUCGGCGUCUUCGGUCUCGUCAGUCCCCACCUCCUCCUCUUCCUCCUCCUCACCCUCAUCACCUCCUGCCCAGUUCUCCUCCUUCUUCUCCUCUUCCGCCUCCUCCGGCAAUCCUUUACCUCCUUUGGUGUCCUCCUCUUGUAACAGAGGGAGGGGAAACGACAAGGUCGCGGACAGCUUCAUGUGCAGCAGUGGCAGUUACUUUGAGGGCGGGGCCUCUUGUUCUAGGAGGGCGUCGACAUGCAGCCAGAGAAGCCCCUCCCCCCUGGAGGACGACCUGCCGGAGGUUCUCUGUCAGCUGGGCCUCGGGAAAUAUGUGGAUGUGCUCCAUCAGCAAGAGAUUGACUACCAGACCUUCCUGACUCUGUCUGAUGAGGAUCUGAAAGAGGUGGGGGUCUCCACCUUUGGGGCCCGACGCAAGAUGUUAUUGGCAAUCUGUGAGUUGACCAGAAGCAAGAGGAGACUCUCAGACACGUCCAGUGUGAAGUCAGUCUACCUGGAGGGCGGGGCUAGCGGGCGACUCCCACCAAUCGUGGAUUUGGAGGUGGCUGGGCAGAGCAAGCAUUGGUGA